UGGAAUAUUAGAACCUUUAACCUUAUCGUAUAAAAUAAUAUUACAAAAUUAUAUGUUAUAAAUGGAAAAUGUCAUUGAAUAUAUGAUUUAAAAAUUAGUGUAGUAUUGAUAAUUGAAAAGUCUAUAUAAAUAAUAAUUUUAAUUCAAAUAAAGCAAGUAUUUGUCAGUUAUUUAAAAUCACUUGAAUAAAUCAUUACUCCAUUCAAAAAGUGCAGUUAACCGAAAUCCACAUAUACAUGAAUAUUCUUGUAGAAAAAAGACAAUCAUUCCGAUAGCUCUAAAAUAUAAAUCAAAGUAUUAUAUUUUAUUCAAUAUAUAAACUGUAAAUAUGGCACCUGAUGUAUCUGCACAAUUAGAAAAGAAGAAACAUGCUCGAUAUUUUAAAAGAAUAUUACAACUAAUGUCAAGCCGGACUGCAAAAUAUGAUUGCAGUAGAAUGAUGUUGGCUUUUUUUUCUAUUUCUGGCCUUGACAUUCUUGAUUGUAUGGAUUUUAUAAAUCCAGUUGAAAAAUCUGCAGCAAUAGAAUGGAUUUAUAAAUUACAAAUAAUCAAAGAAGACGGUGGUUCAGGAUUCCAAGCUUCUACAACAUUACCGAAUGAAGCAAAGGAAUAUCAGUGUGGUCACCUAUCAAUGACUUAUACUGCUUUGUCAUCACUUGUGGCUCUUGGUGAUGAUUUAUCCAGAGUUAAUAGAAAAGCAAUUAUCGAAGGUGUUCGAGCUUGUCAAAAUCCAGAUGGUUGUUUUAUGGCAAUGAAGAAUGGGAGCGAAAGUGAUAUGCGAUUUCUUUACUGUGCCUGUUGUGUUUCUGCUCUUUUGGAUGAUUGGUCAGGAAUGAAUAAAACUACUGCUAUCGAUUAUAUUUUAAAAAGCAUUUCUUACGAUGGAGCUAUGGGACAAGGUCCAGAGCUUGAAUCGCAUGGAGGAUCUACUUUUUGUGCUGUUGCUAGUUUGGAUUUGAUGAAUGAACUCCACAAUGUGCUGUCUAAAAGUCAACUUGAAAAGUUAAGACGAUGGUGCCUUAUGCGUCAAACUGACGGUUUCCAAGGGCGACCAGGAAAACCUUCAGAUACUUGUUAUAGUUUUUGGAUUGGUGCUACUUUGAAAAUCCUUGAUGCUGGCCAUCUUGUCGAUUCUAAUGAAAAUAGAAAAUUUAUUCUUAGUACCCAAGACAAUAUUACUGGUGGAUUUGCUAAAUACUAUGAUUAUUGUCCAGAUGCGAUACAUACUUAUUUAGGGAUAUGUGGAUUAAGUUUGUUAGGCGAGCCUACUUUACAACCCUUAAAUCCAGCGCUGAAUAUCUCUACUCGUGUUUACGUACGUUUACAGGAGAUUCAUAAAAAAUGGCGAAAUGGUUGACUAAUUUUUAUAUAAUUAAUAUAUUCCAAGAUAUCCAUAUCAAACGCACACGAAUAUUUACAUUUGUAAAAAUUUUUUAUUGUUAUAUGUUCAAAAAUAAUGAUAAAAAGAUACCAAUAUUGUCCAGUUAAGCUUUGAUAAUUUAUCUACCAGCGAAAUUCUAAAAAUUGUGCUUAU